AGGAAAUCGCAGCAAUCGCCAGCCUCCUUCCCCUUGCAGGAAGUGCACCAGCUACUCCCAGGGAGGCAUCGCAAGGCUGUGAGUCUGGAAGCCCCGCACAAUGGAGCAGGCUCGGUGUGACUCGCCCAGGGCGAGCUGAUUUCCCAGCAUCACCGGCGCACUAGCCCGUGCGGUGUGAAUCCAGCCUGGCCUGCUUCCCACACGCUGCCUCUUCCUCCGCAAGCCCCUCUCCGCCCCUGCCCGCCGGGGGAGUCUCUUAGCGGAGCGGGGCUGCGGGAAGAGGAGAAGCGAAGCGAGACACACGCUCCGCAUUGCAGCCGAGCCCGGGAGCCGGCGCACCUAGCCGAAGCGGGGAAUCCGCCCGAGGCAGGCCCAGCCAACUCGCCGCCUGUUUGCACCGAGGGAGCCAGGGGAGUUGCACCCGGGACCCAGCCUUUGUCUCCCGGGGAACAGCCCGCGCUGGGUGGUUGCACACACACCUCCCGGCGCUCACUGCGGGCCCCGGGCCGGUGCAGGGUCUGCGCGCGGCCACGCCGGAGUGAAAUCGGAUCUGGGCGAUGACGGUCCCAUGAGUGCGGAUCAGAAGCAGGAUCUCAUGACUCACCUGACGUCCCCCCCUGGAGAAAGGCCAUUCACGUUUCCUGCUUGCGACGAAAGCUUUAGUGAUGAGAGAAACCUCAUAAUUCACAGCCAGGCGGAGGAACGGGAGUACAAAUGCAUUCUGUGUGGGAAAUGCUUCAACCAGCAGCCCAGCCUGACCCGGCACCAGAAGAACCACACGGGGGAGAGGGCCUACAUCUGCCCCGAGUGCGGUAAGAGCUUCAGCCUCAAGCACAACCUGAUCAUCCAUCAGCGCACGCACACGGGCGAGCGGCCCUACAAGUGCAGCGUCUGCGAGAAGAGCUUCAGCCUGAAGCAGAACCUCGUCACCCACCAGCGCAUCCACACCGGGGAGCGGCCCUUCGCCUGCCCCGAGUGUGGGAAGAGCUUCCGGGAGCAGCGAUUCCUCCUCAACCACCAGAGGACCCACACGGAGGAGCGGCCCUACGAAUGCAGCGACUGUGGCAAGUCCUUUAAGGAGAAGCAGACGCUCGCCAGCCACCAGAGGACCCAUAGCGGGGACAGGCCGUACCAGUGCGCCGAGUGCGGGAAGAGCUUCAGCCAGCGCACGUUCCUGGUGACACACGAGAAGACCCACCAAGGGGGGAGCCCGUUCACCUGCGACGAGUGCGGGAAGAGCUUCAGUUGCAAGAGCGGCCUCGUCACCCACCAGCGCAUCCACACCGGGGAGCGGCCCUUCGCCUGCCCCGACUGCGGGAAGCGCUUCAGCCAGAAAGGCUCUCUGAAAAUCCACCAGAGAAUCCACACUGGGGAGACCCCCUUCACGUGUCCCAACUGUGGGAAAACCUUCACGCAGAAGAUAAACCUGACUACGCACCAGAGAACCCACCUGGGAGACAAAGCCCUGACAUGAGCCUGACAUCGUGCUAAAAGCUUUACAGAGCCGAUAGCUCUGAACUCCACUGGGAGCUCCUGGAGGGGCCCAUGACUGCACUGGACGUGAGAGGCUGAACGGCAGAGACGCCAUGUGAACGUUCGGAGUAUCCAGAAGGCCUCAGUCUCUCCUUACGCACCCCGGAGUCGCCACAGGGGAUACUGAUUGUCUUCACGCACUGACUCCCCCUGUACCGCUCCUCUUUCCGUUGGUCAGUCAGGUUCGUGCUCUUCUGUGCCCACCCCACAUAGAAGCCCCAGAAGGAAUCCCAAGUCCCAGCCCCCUGACUCCAUGGUGAUGGCCUCGCCCUCCAGUGAGGCCCUCUCCACCCACGUCCCUCUCCCAGCUCCCUGUCCCUGUCCCGGCUCGCUCAGCUUCCUGUGGUUGGGAGCAGAUGAGCUAAACAAUGAGGGAAACUCAUGGCGAAGUUCUUUAUUGCUGCUGUAGGGACUGAUCCUGUGAAGUGCUGAGUCCCGUCAGUACCCUUCAGCCUCCAUUGGAGAUGCCUGACAUCUUGCAGGAUCAGACCUAUCUGACCUGCUUUUCAGAGGUGCUGAGCACCCACUCCUCCUGCUGGCUCCCAUGGGAGCUGUGAAUGCCAAGCACCCCUGAAAACUAGGAACAGCUCUCUUCGCUUUCUCUCUGUCUUGGAGCACUGCAGCCUUGAGGAUCUUAAAGCCCGUAGUUCUGGCCUGGCCAAAAUUCAGCCCUGGGAUCACUGAGGGCCAGUGUUCUACAGCAUGGGCCACAAGGGCCCUGGUCUUCCAUACGGUGUUGGCCUGGCUGCUCAGAGCAAGUCGAGGCCAGGCAUGCUGGGAUCCGGGCUCUUUAAGGCCCUCCUCCAUAUUAAGGGUUAGGACAGCUGCACUCACUUCUUGCCAAUUAGACACAGCUCAUAGACUGUUGGUUAAAUACCCUUAGCUGGGCAGUUUGGGUGCAUCUGCUGCAGCCCCUUUUGGGCUAGCGGAAGCACGAAGGUACCAGCAGCUCUAUGUUAGGGGAUGCAGGCAGGGUGGCUGGUGCCAGUGAACAGAGCAGAGGGGCGUGUGCCCAAAGAAAGCAAAUGUGGCUGCACCAUCCCAGUCCUUGGCUGAAUUAAGAGUGCCUUGUGACCAUUGCAGAGCUGUGUAAAUUACAGCAGUUGUCAGUCAUGUUUGCCUGGCUUCCCCGCCCGCCCCCCAGCUCUUGCUCUGGGGUGUUUGGCCCUGGCACUGGCCCGUAAAGCACUAUAUGUGCUCGGUAUUGUUUGUGUUAUCUGGGUAGUUGGAAAUUUUCCACUAGCGCAUGAAUUAAUCUCUGAAUGUGUUCAUUUACCUAGGGAGCGAGAAGGAUGAGUGUGAAAAAGAAGCAGGAUCUCAUGACUCAUGUGAAAUAUUAAUACAUUGUAUGUGGGAAAAGCUUCAGCCCACAGCCACCUCUCCUAGAAACCACACAGGAGAGAAGUUGGCAUCUGAAGCAGGAUCUCAUCCUGCCCCCUGGAAUCCAACCCAGAGAAACUGUGUUAUCCUCAUAAUUGAUUAAAAAAAAAAACAACUUCAGAGACCAGAAAUUUUUUCUAAAUCACCAGGGACCCUACACGGAGCAGAGACUGAGCAAAUAUAGUCCUUGCUGCAAAACCUUCAGGGAGAAGCAGGCUCACAAAACCCCAGAGAAUCUGCACUUGGGAGAGACCAUCUCAGUGAACUGAAUGUGGGAGAGGCUUGGUCUGAGGAUAUUCCUGGUGACAUCUGAGAAAAUCCGCAAAGGAGGGGCCCCAUGUACCUGCUCUGAGCACGGGAUAUGCCUUAGCUGUCAGAGUGACCUCAUUAUACUCCAGAGAAUCCGUACCAGAGGAGACCAUUUAAAUGCUCCAAGGGAGGGCACACUCCUCACAAGAUACAUCUUCCCCAGUGAAUCUGCAUGAGUGAGAUCACUUAACCAGAACUGGAGAACUAAGGAGCUGCAAAGAUAAGCUAAGAAUAAUUCUCUCUGCCGGACUUACUAGGUAUCGUUCUGUGACCUGGCUGGUUCAGGAGGUCUGACUAGAGGAGCACAGUGAUUUCUUCUGGCUUUAAAUUCUGUGAAUCUGUAAUUCUGAAUAUACACCUGAGACCUCCUGAAGGUGGUAAAAUAUUCCGAUAAAACACAAAGAGAGACAUCAUACAAAUGUCAUGUAUGUUGGAAAAAUCUUGUUCAUUCCCCUUGCUGUACAGGACAGCAAGAAAUCUCCAAGUGGAUGCACUGGAGUGGUUGCUCCUUGGUUGCUGUUACAGGCUAGUUCAAGGAGCGUUGCUAUGCCAGUGGCAUGUAGUUGCAUCCACAUUUUUCCCUUUGUGGUAUUUCCCACUUCCUGUUCUAGUCUCUUCUGGUCCUUUUUGUUUGUGUUUGUAAUGUUUCUGUUCUAUGCCCAAAGAUUUUGGGCAGAAGGGGAAGGUUUCAUUAAUGUUCCAAAAGGAGGCAAGUUUCUGCUGCAUUUGAGGAGGGCAAGAAUUCAGUCUGUUUCCCCUGGGAGAGGCAGCUGCUGGAAAAGGCCAUCAGUGCAGUCAGCAUAAAACUUGAGAGAUGUCCAACAAAAAUGGUUCCUGCCUGUGUCGCUCAGCUGUUCAGAUGAGUAAAAGAGAAAUGGUUUGGAAAAAUGAAUUUUCCUUCAUGGUUUUUUACCGUUUGGGUAAAAUUAACCCAUGGAUUUCAGGUCAUAACAAGCUGAUACAUCCAGAGAUUAACAUCAUAGAUCAGACUUUAGGGCCCAGUCCAACUCCUAUUGAAAUAAAUGGACAGACUCUCAUUGACUUCAGUGGGAACAGGAGCAGAAAGGCUCAGUCCUUCAAGGUGCUGAAUACUCUGGCCUUGAUCCAGCAAAGCAAAGCACUUUAGCACAUGCAUUGGCGUCAGUGCGACUACUCACCGGUUUAACGUUAAGCAAGGGUGUAAGUGCUUCACUGGAUCAGGGUCAGAGUGCUGAGCACCUUGCAGGAUUGAGGCCUUAGUGACUGAGGAGAAAAUAUGAUAACCCGUAUCCUAUCAAGGGUAGGGUACCCACCCUGGAUGAGAGAGCACGUGUAUCUCAUCAGAGAUUCAUGCAAACACUCCAAUCGGUACGAGGUUUUUGAGAUCCAACACCCUUUAUUUAAAAAAAAAAAAAAAUCUAAAUGUUGUCUGUAACCCCAGAGGAUUGGCUGGGUACGUUUCUCUUUGGGAAGGCAUGGGUACCAUUUCACCAAGACCUUUCUAUGGCUGAAAAGUGCCGUAUUCCUGAUUAAGAGGCAUGUGAUGGCUCGUAUUUCUAUAGAGGAUCCUGGGUCUUUAACUCUCUGCUUGAAUUCUUGUAGUGAUCCCUGCCUGGGCAGAAGGAGAUGGGUUGAUUAAAGGGUGUGAAAAUAUGACAGGAGUGUGUUGGGGAGGGGCACGUCUGCUGAGGGUUAAUCCUGGGGGGAAGCAGUAGUGAAAUUGGGGGUGGAAGUGAUGGGGUGUCUCUCGGGUACUGUAGCUGGAAUGCUAGAGAUCAAUAAAGGAAGGUGUGUUUGAAAGGAA